AAAUGACUCUAGGCCGAGUAAGUCCACAUUCGGCCCAAAAACUCACGGUUGAGCACAAAAACUUGGUGGUUGGUAGCCCAUCAUCAGCUGCUGCCGGUGCCGGUGCUGCUGCGGAGGAGGAGCAUUAACAUUGUUGGACACUUUUGGAACUGGUCCAUUUCUUCAAUUACCCAAAGCAAACCUCUUACCCAAUAACUAAAAGUUUUUUGCAGGGUGCUAGAGACGUUGAAUCAAUUGGGCGUUGAAGAUGCAUCCUCCAUUAACGCUACACAAGCACCCCAUGUGUGCAGAAAUAAUCGAGGAUUUUCAGAAGUGUCAUGUAGAUCAUCCUAUUGGCAAAUUCUUUGGUGAAUGUACAGAUCUCAAAAUAAAGCUUGACCGUUGUUUUCGGCAGGAAAAAGCUGUGAAGAGGAAGGUAAACUUUGAAGAGAGUAAGAAACUGAAGGAAAGGCUACAAGCUUUGAGGACAGAAACUGCUGAGAUAAGCACUGAGAAUCCUGUGCAAGCUUAAUGGAAAGCUGAGGCUUUCUUUUAUGGAUGAAAGAAGGCCUAAUAUCAGAACUCACAAUAUUUAAUACAGAUGGAAUAUAAUGCCCUAUCCUGCUACCACAGAUUAGCGACCAAAUGGGAUACAAGUCGAUGCCAUAUUGCCGAUGGCGUUGUCCUCUAUUCGCUUUCAUUUCAUUGAACUUCAGUUACAUUAGUUUCUUUGGUUGCGGGAAUUAGUACUAAGACAACAGAUGUGCAAGAGGAUGUUUCGAAAAAAAAUAAAAAUUUGAGGAAUGUUUUUCCAAGAGAGAUGGCAACAACAUUUGAUUCAUUUUCAAUAUAAAUUUCAGUGGAACUGCGGUUUAUAAUUAUAUGUC